CGACAGCCUAAUAUUCACUACUCGAGCAUCUUGCGGGGAAAAGCUUGGUACGACCCCAAUAUUGAACUUUAUUUCCACCUCCAGCUCCAGCUCCAUUGAUUCUACUUCUUUUCACUCCCGCCAUUGCCUCAAAAUUCUGCUCGUACAGCUCAUAUCCCUAGACAAAAUGCUUACCGUGCCCCUUCAAAUCAAUGGUAAAGACGUCUUCACGUCCAAAACCAUCGACGUUACCAACCCUUCCACAGGACAAGUGAUCCACAAAGCCUCGUCCGCUGGCGUCACAGAGACCAUCCAAGCUGUCGAAGCAGCGGAAGCCGCAUUUCCUGCCUGGGCCGAAUUGCCUUUCGAUCAGAAGCGGAACAUCUUCUUGAAAGCAGCUGAUAUCCUAGAGCGAAGAACCGAAGAAGUAGGGAAGUGGGAAGAAGAAGAAGCUGGUGCUACGACGUUUUAUGCUAGUGGAUUCGAUGUUCCAACUGCUGUGAGUGGAUUGAGGGAAGUCGCUGGGAAGAUUUCGCUGUUGCAUGGGACGGUGCCGUGUUUGAGCGAUCCGACUAGGAGUGCGAUGGUCCUGAAAGAGCCAUUUGGCGCGAUUUUGGCGAUUGCCCCUUGGAACGCUACUUUCAUUCUUGGAUUCAGAUCAGUUUCUUUCGCUAUCGCUGCUGGCAAUACUGUUGUACUCAAAGCGUCCGAGAUUGCUCCUCGCUCCUUGGGAGUGGUGGGAACUGUGUUCAAGGAAGCAGGUCUUCCAGACGGAGUUUUGAACAUCAUUCAAUCUCACCCUGAGGAUGCGGCAGCUGUGACGAAAACUUCGAUUGAGCAUCCUGCAAUCAAGAAAAUCAAUUUUACAGGUAGCACAGCAGUCGGACGGAUCAUUGCCAAGACGGCUGGGGAGAACUUGAAGCCUGUCUUGAUGGAGCUAGGAGGAAAGGCCCCAGCUAUUGUUCUCGAUGAUGCUGAUCUCUCCCUUGCCGCUCAAGGGUGUGCACUUGGUGCUUUCAUGCACACUGGACAAAUUUGCAUGUCAACUGAGAGGAUCCUCGUGCAGGAGAGCGUAAGUGAGAAAUUUGCAGAGGAGUUGGUUUCUGCUAUCGAGAUGAUGUUUCCGAGUGGUGGAGAUGCAUUGGUCAACGUGAGCUCGGCCGGUGUCGUAAAGAAUAAGAAACUCUUGAAAGAUGCGAAGGAGAAGGGCGCUAAUAUGAUUUUUGGAGACAUCAAUGCUGAAGAGGCAGCUCCGGAGAGAAUGCGCCCUGUUGUAGUAAAAGGGGUCAAGAAGAGCAUGGAUUUGUACUACGCAGAAUCCUUCGGCCCGACUGUCUCUUUCAUUGAGGUGGAGAACGAACAGGAAGCUAUCAAGAUUGCAAAUGACACGGAAUACGGUCUCAGCUCUUCAAUCUAUACCAAAGAUUUGGCAAGGGGGCUAAAAAUUGCCAAGAAAAUAGAGAGCGGGGCGGUACACAUCAAUUCAAUGUCUGUUCACGAUGAGCCAGCGCUGCCUCAUGGGGGAGUGAAGUCUAGUGGGUGGGGGAGGUUUGGCGCUCCUGGUAUGGAAGAAUGGGUGAAGACGAAGACAAUCACUUAUAAGAAUUAA